AGACGGGUGAAAGAGUUGCUUUUGUAUGGCCUGAAAAGCUUUUAGUGAGCGAUCUUCACUUUCUGACGCUGAAGAUGGAAUUAUAGGUCACACACAAUUCAUUAAAAUGAUAUAAUAAAAAUUAUCCCCCGUCGCUCAUUUUCUGCAUCUAUUUCCAACAUGAUAGAUCUGCAGAGGAAACACUGGCUGUGCAUAGCUCUGGUUUUUCUGCUGUUCCUCAGCUCGCUGCUUUCAUCCUACACCCCUUCGCCAUCAUUACUGAAGGAUUGCCCACCCGACACCACCAGCCCAAGUGAGCCGCCUACUACUCACAUUUUCAAAAACUUGAAUGAGCUAUCCAUCACCCAUGCAGACGAAUUCAAUGAUCUGAUUCUCAUUACAGUGUUGGUUCGUACUAGCCAGAUCAACGAGGUGCCGGAUCUACUUUCGUUGUUGGGAUCCUUGAGCUAUCCGUUACACAGGCUUGACAUAGCGUUCUUGUUGACCGAUGCCACCAGCGGCUCACACCCUGUGUUCGAACACAUGCUGUCACACAACCAACAUUCAUUUAAUAGCAUUGUAGCGUAUGGAAAGAACAUGGUGACGGAUUUGCCAAAGGAUAAGGCUCAUGCAUUUGACUUGCAGCCGCUGAUGAGAGCUCAGUUAGCUCGGGCACGCAACUACUUGACUCGAUCUGCUCUAAAAGACGAACACCAGUGGAUUUUGGCCAUGGACGUUAGCCUGGACCACAUACCGCACGACAUUAUCCAGCAACUCAUGUCCGUGGAUGUGGAUGUUGUGGUCCCCAAUUGCAUGGUGAAGCGAGACGAUGGCAAGAUAUGGGGGUUCGAGAAAUCCAAUUGGCAGGACACCGAGCUUUCCCUCACCAUUACCGACAAUCCGCAAGAGGAUUAUAUUUUCAUGGAAGGGUAUUGGGAAAUGCAAACCCAUCGAAGGCUCUUGGUCGAUAUGCCAACCGAUGCAGAUCGACAUGCCAAGAUUCCGCUGGACGGUAUUGGAUCUUGUUUCUCACUGAGUAAAGCGAGUAUUCAUCGUACCGGCGUUAUAUACCCACCCUUCCCCUAUCUUCAUCAAAUCGAUACCGAAGGAUUCGCACAAAUGGCCAAGGCGUCGGGAUAUGGCGUGUAUGGACUUCCUGGUGUUCUGGUUCUGCAUUCACCAGAGGCUCUUGAUUUUUAAAACCCCCCUCCCCACGCAUUGAAAAUAGAAGUACAGCCAGCAUGGGAUCUGUUUGUAUGUAUUGCUUUUCAACACAUCUAAACAAACAAAACAU